CUUCGGCGAGCGUCCUCGGGAGUCAGCCCGGCCUCGCGCUCUGCGGGUUUCCUGAGCGUCCUGCCCCAGCUUGACGCUGGUGCGCGCCGCCUUGCUGUGCUGCUUAUUAGACCGACAAUCUUUCCUAAACUCCAAGCUGACGCCAGGGACAGUGUUAGCGUUUUUCCUGUGUUAUGGACAGCGCGUCCUGGGUAACCCAUUGUGCGGAAGAAAGAGCUGGAGAUCAAACACAGGGCCUUGCCCUGCUAUGCACGCCCCAAAUUACUUAAAUCUUAAAAGAGGUCAAACGUCUGGUCACGUGACAGAGUCUCUGUAAUUAGGUUUGCUGUAGCUUGUCACGAAUCUGAGAGACUACACUGCCUUUCUGGCUAACAAGAAUUUUCCAUUGUCAUUUUGAUUCUCUGAAGGGUUUUCAAAAUGGCUGCUGCCCCUCAAGCACCAGGAAGGGGUUCUGUUCGUAAGACCAGGCCUCUGACUGUGAAGACAUCAUUGAACAACCCAUAUGUUCUCUGCUGGAGCACCCUGGACAGAGAGGACAUGCAGUUCAUAUUACAGACACUUGAGGACAGGUUCAAAUCUAUUGGACUUCAGAAAAUAGAGGAUAAAAAGAAAAGGAAAAGGCCACCUCUUGUAAACAAUCAAGGCAGAGAAAAAUGCGGCCUAGAUGCUGGUGUGACUGAGGACCCCAAGGAGAAAAAGCCCGACGCUGACCAGCGGGCAUCGGGGUGGACACCUGUGCAUGUCAGGAAGCAGCUUGCCCUUGGCGUGAACGAGGUCACCCGGGCCCUGGAGAGAAACGAGCUGCUCUUGGUGCUUGUGUGCAAGUCAGUCAAGCCCGCUGUCAUCACCUCACACUUGAUCCAGUUAAGUCUAAGCAGAUCUGUUCCUGCCUGUCAGGUCCCCCGCCUCAGCGAGAGAAUUGCCCCCGUCAUUGGCUUAAAAUGUGUGCUAGCCUUGGGGUUCAGAAAGGGCACCUCCGACUUUGCAGAUGAAGUAAGAGCCAUCAUUCCCCGAGUGCCCAGCUUAAAUGUACCAUGGCUUCAAGACAGAAUUGAAAGUUCUGGAGAAAAUGCAGAGACUGAAUCUUUGGAAGACCAAGACAAAGAGAUCUUGGAAACUUCAUUUGAAGACCUCUCAAAACAUAAGAGAAAAAUUGUGGAAGGGAGGCUGGGUUCUGCUAUAGCGUUACAACCACUUAAAAUAAAGAAACUGAUUCCCAACCCUAAUAAGAUAAGGAAACCACCUAAAAAUAAAAAAACUAUUUCAAAGUAAUCUUGGAGAAAGCUGUCAUUUUAAUGCAAUUUAUAAAAAGACACGAUGGGGGCUGGGGAUUUAGCUCAGCAGCACAAGCGUGAGGUUGUGAGUUCAAUUCCCAGUACCAGAGGGGAAAAAAAACCUAAAAAAAAAGGACACAAUGUAAAGAAGCCUUAAAGUAAGCUACAUUUACAUAUAUUGUUGGGACCCUGUGGCAGUG